UUGUAAAAAAACAUUUAUUAUUUUCAGAAGAGGGUGUGGCUGAAAGAAUGGCAACUUUGCCCAAGUUUAUGAAAGCCCUUGUGAAGGAAUCACCAACUGAGUCAUACUUAUACAAAGACGUGCCAGUGCCUCAACCUAGCAAAGAUGAGCUGUUGGUGAAGGUAAAGAAGGUUGCAUUAUGUGGCACAGAUAUACAGAAAUACAAAUGGAAUUAUGUUGCAAAAGUAGUAGCUGAGAUUCCUUUCACCCCUGGGCAUGAGAUGGUUGGAGAGAUAGUAUCUGUUGGGAAAGACGUUCCAUGCGAGUAUGCCCUUGGUAAAAGAGUGUGUGUUGAGAAUCAUUUCUACUGUGGGAAGUGCUAUCAGUGCACACAUGAUUUAAAACAUAUUUGUCAGAAUCUUGACCAAUUUGGUUAUGGCAAAGGAACUAAACAUGGUGGCUGCUCUGAAUAUACCAUUAUUCCUGCAAAGUUUGCCUAUUUAUUGCAAACAGAUAUAGAUGAUGCACAAGCUGCCAUACUUGAACCUUGUGGUGUUGCUCAUCAAGCUGUAGAAUCAAUUGAACCUGAUGGGGAAGAUGUUUUAGUACUGGGAUGUGGACCAGUAGGUCUUCUUGCAGUUGGUAUAGCCAAAGCAUUAGGAGCAAGUAAAGUUUAUGCAUGUGACAUGUUUCCAGAGAAGUUACAGUUAGCAAAAGAAGUUGGAGCAGAUGUUCUUAUUAAUAAUGCCACUGAUGAUCUCAAUUCUACAAUAAUGGAAAAAACUGGUGGGAAUGGAAUUGGAAGGAUAAUUGAAGCAACAGGAAGUACUGAGUUAGCAGGAUCUUGUUUUAAGUAUCUUAGAAAAGGAGGUCAAAUUUGCUUUGUUGGACUAAUUAAGGGAGCUCUUGACAUUGAAAAUCCACUGGUUAAUGUUGUUUUCAAAUCCUUAGUCCUUAAAACAGUACAUGGAAGAAGAAUUUUUGAGGACUGGGAGAAGUCAGAGCAACUAAUACACAAAAAAAUGAUAAAUACAAAGCCAAUCAUUACCCAUGAGUUUCCAAUGAGUCAGUUUGAAGAAGCAUUUGAAACAUUACUCUGUGGCAAAGGAUGUAAAGUUUUAAUAAGUCCAAGAUCUUGAAGUUGAAAAUUUUUUAUCAUAAAUUAUUUUAAUGUAUUAU